AUGGAAUAUAAUAAUGAAAAAGGAAAAUGGCCUCUUGCGGAACAUUUUAUAGCGCCUAGUGUAGUAGAUUUAUUUAAAAGCAAGAGGAGCUCUGGUGAAAAUUUUCAUGAGCAAAAUUCCAAAAGCACUACUGAAACUAAAGACACAAAAAGUAUUGUACCUCAGGAAAACAUCGUAAAUCUAGAUGAUAAUGUCAAAACUGUUUGCUUCAUUUGUGAUAGUGAAUUUUCGACAGCAGAAGAAUUAUUACAGCAUCUCAAAUUAAACGCAACUAAGCAAAUUGCCUGUUGUAUUUGCUCUCAAAAAGUCACAUGUGUUGAUGAUCUGGAAAUACAUAAAAUAGCGCACAUUCUCAGUCCGGAUUUGGUUUCAGAAAAUGAUAAUUUUGAAUCACUUUUGCAAUAUUUUGCACAACUCGAUGAAUCGGAAAAUGAAACGAGCGAUGAUUCAAAAAGCUCUUUGGAAUUUGAAAAACUUGAAGACGAAAAAGAAAUGUCUAGUAAUAAAAGUACACCAGAUAAUGAUAAAAACAACAAUAUCAUUUCUGAGGUUAAGUGUGAAAUAAUUGAACUUGAAAAUGAUCAUAGUCAAGGUAUUAUUAAAAAUGUUGACUCUGAAUGUAAAAUACAGUCACAACCGGCUGAAGAACAAAAGGCAGAAUAUCAGCUAAGAAAAUUAAGGUCUGAUACACAUAAAUUGCAAAACAACUUACAAAAGGAUACAAAACAAGAACUGGAUGAACCAAAUGAUGUCGAAGACAAAGAGGUAUCUAAUGAAAGAGAUUCUUCCGAGGGAAAAAAAUCUGUUAAAAAGACCAGACAAGCCCGCUUCAAACAGUUUCUUUGCAAGUACUGUGCUAAGCAAUAUUCAUCAUACAAGAGUUUUUUGAAACACGAAAAAUUGCACGAGGAUUUAUUCAAAUGCGACUUAUGCGAGAAAAAUUUGGGUGCAAGCAUAGAAUUGCAUAACGCUUCGCAUAAGGUUAAGAAAAACCUUCAAUGCGAUAUCUGCUCAAAAACAUUUAAAUACCAUGGAAACUUAUCAGUACACAUGAGAAUACACCUAAAUAUCAAACCUUAUCAAUGUGAAACAUGUCCUAGUAGUUUUAGACAGGCUGCCGAUUUAAAACGCCACGCGAGGAUUCACACUGGCGAGAGGCCCUACCAGUGCAAAAUUUGCCUGAAGAAAUUCGUAACAUCUGCAUACUUAAAAGUCCAUUUAAAAUAUCAUCUCGAAGAAAAAAAAUACUCGUGUACAGUUUGUUCAAAGAGCUUUGUAACAAACACGCAGCUAAAACUGCACUCAAGAGUACACACCAAAGAGACUCCAUAUGAAUGUGAUGUUUGCAAAAGGAAAUUCACAUCGUUCAGUAGUUUGAAUAAUCAUAAAAGGAUACAUACCGGAGAGAAGCCAUACAAAUGUAAGCUUUGCAAUGAUAAAUUUAGUAGAUGGAACUAUUUGGCAAGCCAUAUGAGAGUUCAUACAGGUGAAAGGCCGUAUGCAUGUGAUGAAUGUAAUUUUAAAUUCACUACACGCAGUAAUUUAGUUAGGCACAUCAGAAAGCGUCAUCCUUCAUGA